AUGGCUAUUGCGCGACCGAUUCGCAUGCUGGGUGCAGCAUGCAUUCUUCUUUGCCUAUUUCUUGUCUUCCAAUUACAUCAAAGUCCCUCUGAAGAAGGGUCCAAAUUAACCCAUGGCAUGAAGAAAGAUCCUCUUGUAGAUCCGACCGGAGAGCCUGCGGGAAAUCUAUGGCGAGCCACCGAACAUGAUUACUCCCCCGAUAGCCAGAACUCGGCCCGCACCAACGCUGCCCUCAUCACCCUGGUGCGCAAUGAAGAAUUGGAUCAAUUGUUGCAGACAAUGAACGAUCUGGAGCGAACAUGGAACGGCAAAUUCAACUACCCCUAUAUCUUCUUCAACGACGUCGAGUUCACUGCGGAGUUCAAGCAGAAGACCCAGGCUGCGACCAAGGCGAAGUGUCAAUAUGAGCUUGUCCCUAAGGAACACUGGGAUGUCCCGAGCUGGAUCAAUAUGGAACUCUUCCGCGAAUCCGCAAAGGUUCUAGAGGAACAGGACAUUCAGUACAGCUCUAAGGUUUCCUACCACCAGAUGUGUCGCUGGAACAGCGGCAUGUUUUACAAGCACCCCGCCCUCGCUGGUUACCGCUACUACUGGCGGAUCGAGCCAAAUGUCAAAUUCUUCUGCGACGUUGACUACGAUGUCUUCCGGUACAUGGAAGAUGGCAACAAGACCUACGGUUUCACCAUCAACCUCUACGAUGCGCCUCAGAGUAUCCCGUCCCUUUGGCCCGAGACUCAACGCUUCCUCGCCGCCAACCCGUCAUACCUCAGCGAUAACAACAUGUGGGAGUGGAUCACGGAUGACGUGGCUCGCCCGGAGCACACCAAGGGCGGCAACGGAUACUCUACUUGUCACUUCUGGUCCAACUUUGAAAUCGGUGACCUUGAUUUCUUCCGCGGAGAGAAGUAUGAGGCGUACUUCCAGCACUUGGAUCGUGCCGGUGGAUUCUUCUACGAGCGCUGGGGUGAUGCCCCCGUCCAUUCCCUUGGCAUUGGUCUUUUCGCAGACGCUGCUAAUGUGCACUGGUUCCGUGAUAUUGGAUAUAACCACAUUCCCUAUCUCAACUGCCCUAACUCUCCCAAGUGCUCCGGCUGCAAGGCUGGUCAAUUCUACCAAGGCGCAGACUUCCUCUCGAAGGAAGAUUGCCGCCCCACUUACUUUAAGUAUGUUGGAACGCACUAA